CAGACUGCAGAUCACAGCAAGACAGUACGCAGCUGCAAAGUCAAACGCUUGACGUUCUGACGUUAGUCGUUAGUCGUUUUUGCUUAUCUUCUUACCGUACAUUAUUCUAAUUUUUUAGAAAUCAAACUUGGGUGCUGGAUUCAAAUGCCCACAAAUCAUGAGUUUCAUGUACAAGGCGAUGAUGACUCGUGGUCCCAACAAGCGUAAGAUCAAAGUAAAUGAAGAGAAUCUUGUUGGAUUGAUGACAAAUGAUGAUGAGGAUGAAGAGGAAGAUGAAGAUUUCACAAUCUCAAAAGAGAAUGAAGAUGACGAUGAUGAGAGUGACUCUGGAGAUAGCAAUACGGAGUCAUCAUCCACAGAUGAAGAAGGAAAUGAAAGUGAUCAUUCCAAUGAACAAGAAAAAUCUUCAUCUAAGAAAACAAGUCAAGGGGCAUCUUGUUCUAGUUUACAGAAGAGUAAGUUUGUGAAACAUUGCAAACCUAAGAAAAUAUCAACCCAGCAGACAGUGAGGGAACUACAUUCACAGAUAUUUUCAGAAUAUUAUGGAUUACCAACUUCUACCGCAGAAAUAUUAACUCAAGCUAAGAAACAAUGGAGACAAUCAGAAAUUGCUGUGGAAAAUAUGGCAACAUGGCCUGAUGCCAUCUGUGCAGUUUGCUUGGAUGAAGUAGAUACAAUGUUUAGAAGUCAGUCAUUGACUUGUCAGAUGUGUGGUAUCUCAGUCCACGAAGGAUGUUACAAUAUCCAAUUCAAGUCGAAUAGCAGAGGGAGUCUUGAUGGUGUUUGGAUAUGUGAUUCUUGUGUACAAAGUGGAAAUGAUAAUGUUUGCCAGUUCUGUCCUAACACCUGGGGAUGCUUGAAAGAAACAAAAUGUGGAAGAUGGUGUCAUCUCGUUUGUGCCAGGAAUAUUCUUGCCGACUUUCUAUACAAUUCACCUUCGAAUUCAAGGAAAUCUCCCGUAGCCAAAAGCACUAUUUAUAUAAAUUUGAACGACUGUAAUAAUAAAAUGUUUGGAGCAAAAGAUUGUGUUUUAUGUGAAGAUAGACUUGUGUCUAAGACAGGAAUUUGCAUAAAAUGUGAUGCUGGAUUAUGCAAAUCGACAUUUCAUGUGACAUGCGCUCAACGACAUGGAUUGCUAUCAAAACUUUCAGGAUCUGGUGAUAAUAACAACAACAAUAAUUUUGGGGAAACUUAUUACGCCAACUGUCCUCUGCAUUCAAAUAAAGAAGAAAUGAAAAAACGACAAAAACGGUUUAUAUUGCAUUUGAAAACUUCUGAACUUCAAAAGUAUAAGUUGGCUCAAAGAAGUGUGAUAGAAAAGAAUAAAGUCACUGGAAAAACAAUUGAAUUGAGACAAGCCAAAAGAAAACGAAGUGACACAUAUAUACCGCCAAGACCUCCGUUAGAACAAAUACCAAGAUUAUUGUCAUCUGAUGCUCAUUUCACUCGAUUGCUGAAUAACAAAGCAGAAAAGAUGUUUGGAAUUAAUACUAAAUGUCCUGCGACUAUCAUUCCCAAGGCAACAGAGAUAAGAAAGCGUCAUUAUGUUGCUCCUUCCUUGACAACUGACUUCUCUGCUUAUUUCGUUGAUCGUGAGUUAAGAAUAGAAGAGGAAAAAAGCUGUCUUUCAUCAGCGAUCGCAACUAACCGAGGAUUAUCAGAAGAACAAGAAUGGGAAAGACAUAAAUAUAAUGAGCAUCGUAAAACAAUCAAUGAACUUAAAUCAAAUCGUAAUGAUUUGAAAAAUGACUUGGAUAACUUAAAACAAAUGUUAUCUUCAAUCGCUGAUUGGGCUAGAAGUCCAUAUUCCCACAUUGCUCCAGUGUUAGGAUCAAAAAGAAGGAAGUCCAUUACUCCUCGAAAAAUGACUCACUCGUCGAAUCUUCAAGUUUCCCCGACUUCUAAGAGACUCAGCUGGGAAGGGGAUGGUAUCGGAAGAGAUUUGCCAACUUCACCAACAUCUCCUGCUUCUAAUAAAGAUAAUAUUCCUGAUGCCGAAUCUAUUAUUGAACUGAAAAGUUGUGGGAUAUGUAACGGACAAGAAAAUCAACAUUUAUUAGCAAAAUGUGACGUUUGUAGAGAGUGGCAACAUCUUGCAUGUCUUGAUCCUCCACUAACUCAAAUGCCUAAACGAACAAAGUUUUCUUUAUGGCAAUGCUCAGAAUGUAUAGAUACAAGUGGUUCAUCUUCAUCUGAUAAUGACACUGAUAAUCAUGGUACAUUCACUGGUCAAGAUGGACGUAGGGUGACAAGAAGAUUACGUAGAGUUCCCGAUAAACUUGCUGUUGGAUUUCCAGAUGAUAAUAAAGCAGUUACAAAGACAACAAGCAUGAUUGGACAUACAAAGUUGGCAAGGAAAAGAAGAAGAAAAAUGCAAGAAGCAUUGAAAAAAUUUAGGAACAAACCUGAGCUUAAACAAAAUAUAGGAAUGGAGAAAGAAACUAGUGCGACUGUCAGUACACCAUCAAAUUCAUUUUGGAUCCAGACAACUGGCUCAAAAUCUUUUAUGGAAGAUGCAAAAAAAUCUUUACCAUUUAUUGUAUCGGGUCAAUCUAAGCUUCAAACAGAUUUACAGAAGUCACUGAAUAAGUUACAAUCAGCAAAAGUGAACACUAAAACAUCAUUCAAAUCUGGGAACACUAUAUCUAGUAUCUCACAUAAACCUGUCACAGCUGGCUACCAAUUGAACAAAUCUAAUAAGGCACUGGUCUCUAAUGUUUCCAGAACAAUGAAAUCUUAUACUGCUAGUAGGCAAAUGCGAAAAAUCAUAAUUUUAAAAAAGCGUAUCAUUUCACCUCAUCGACCAAUGGGAUUGGGAAAAGCGAAAAAAGUACUUUCCAUUCCUUCGAAAGAAAUUAGGAAAGUAUUAAUUCCGGUAAAAACACGUACAGUCAAUGCUGCUACAAGUAAUGCAAUGACGGGUGAGGUGAAAAAUUCACCAGUUUUAAAUACUGAGAAGCUUACUACGGUAGCUGCACCACCUGAAGCCAGGCUGAACAUGAUGAAGAAGGUCACACAACCUGAAAAAAAGAAUCAGGUCAAAAAAUCAACAAUUCCAGUUAAAGUGGAGAAAAAAAUUCGGUAUUGUGAUGUAUGUAAUAAAUGUGAUGAUGAAGUACAUAUUGUUAGUUGUGAAACAUGCAAGAAACAUUAUCAUUGGGAAUGCUGUGAUCCACCAUUGAAGACAAAUCCAGUAAAGAAAUGGAUGGCCUGGGAAUGUUCGAAUUGUGUAGACGAGAGAGAAGAAAAAGAAGAAGAAGAAUUUGAUAAAGAGCAAACUAUCGAUGAUGAAAGCACAGCAGUGGCAUCGUCUGGUCGUCGAGUUAUAAACCGAAAACGUAAACCACCUCAAGUCUUUGAACCUGACUUCAAUGUGUCUACACAACAGAAGAUAUUUCGUUCCAUUGCAAAACAGAAGUUACGGAAGAAAGGGUCUUCCGUUAUACAGCGAACUCCAGAUGGCAACAGGAAUAAACUAUUUGGUCAUCAAACAAACAUGGGAGAAGCUGCAGCUCGUUGUCGACCAGUUGAAAACAGCUUGAAACUUUCUUCUUUAAAAUUCACAUCGGCGUAUUCUAGCACUACACCAAAAAUUUUGAAUCCAGAAUUACUUCAAUCUACACCACCACAGUCUUUAAAAAUGUCUCCUCCUGUUGUUAUUUUACCAGCUUCUACCUCAAAAAUUAAAGUUCUGAAUUCUUUAUCGGGUUUGGAUUUUGCCAAAUUUAAAACAAUAUCUGUCAUUAAGUCUUCCAUGCCAUUUAUUGCCAACUCACCACCCAAGACGGAUAGUCCAAACAUGCCUGUGACUAGUAAUGCUGAUAUAUCUCCACCAACGAAAAAUUAGCAAAGGAGAAUCUACGUUCUUCAAAUAAAAAAACUUUUGUCUGCAACAUAACAUGGCUUUCCAACUUUUUUAUUGCACUUUACGACACAUAGAUUUAUUCGGUUGCUGCAUACCACUUAAGUUCACCUCAAAGAACACAUACAUCAUAAUUACUUUGAAACAUUUGGGAGCUUGUUACUCGAAUUAUUAUCCAGCACUCUAGUUGGAAUAUUCGGUUGUGAACUGUCGUGCUUUCACAAAUAUGCUACGGAUGAAAAAUGAUGCUAAUCGGGCUAGCUAGCCCAUGUGACUACGUUACAUUAUAUACAUACUUGCGUAUAUUACAGUUGAAAAACAAAAGAAAAUUAACUGUAGCGAGUUUACAUUAUUACAUUUCUCUGUGGAAUUUUUUUCAUUUCAAUAUUUGUAAAACAUAAGUACAAUUUCGAAGCUUGGUAGCAUGUCCACAAAAGGUUGGGACCAUGGUUUUCGAACUUAUGAGAUGGCAUGUUCAUUAAUAACAACUGAAACGAGAAUAUCGGUUGGAAACCGAAGACU